AUGGGUGAAGGAGAUCUAUCUAAGGAAACUACACAAGCUCAACAAGGUACUCCAAUUGCUAUUUCUGUCGAACCUAUUACUAGUACUUUUGUCUCCUUACGUCCAUAUAUCAUCCCUACUACUUCCACCACUGAAUCACCAACCUUUGAAAACAUCAUCAACCAACCCUUUACAUCAAUUUUUUCAUCACAAUCCACUGUUCCACCAAAAACGAUUGAUGAGUCUGAUAACGAAGAAGGUGGUUUUGGAGGCACUUUCGAAGAUCUGGAAUUUGAUGAUGAAGAAGAAUAUUUCCCUGACCAUAUGCUGAUGUCCAUGAAACAGUUCAAAAUUAUGAAUAAAAAGUUGAAUUCCAUUAUUUAG